UGGGGUUUUUCCUCCUGUGGUCAUCUGGAGGAGAGAUCGUCGUGGCAGGACGAGCUGCAGCUCUCUCCACUGUCUUAGCAUUUUCAGAGGGCAGACAUGCCUGAAGGUGAGGAUUUGGGACCAGACAAAAGCUGGGAAGUUAUAAAUUCCAAACCAGAUGAAAGACCCAGGUUCAGCCACUGCAUUGCAGAAUCAUGGAUGAAUUUCAGCCUAUUUCUUCAAGAAAUGUCUCUUUUCAAACAGCAGAGCCCUGGCAAGUUUUGUCUCCUGGUCUGCAGCGUGUGCACGUUUUUUAUGAUCUUGGGAAGUUACAUUCCUGGGGUUAUUCUCAGCUAUCUACUCUUACUGUGUGCAUUUUUGUGUCCACUGUUUAAGUGCAACGAUAUGGGACAGAAACUGUACAGCAAAAUCAAGUCAGUUCUGCUGAAACUAGAUUUUGGAAUUGGAGAAUAUAUUAACCAGAAAAAACGUGAGCGAUCCGAAGCAGACAAAGAAAAAAGUCACAAAGAUGACAGUGAAUUAGACUUGUCAGCUCUUUGUCCUAAGAUUAGCCUCACGGUGGCUGCCAAAGAGUUGUCUGUGUCCGACACAGACGUGUCCGAGGUCUCCUGGACUGACAAUGGGACCUUCAACCUUUCAGAAGGAUAUACUCCACAGACAGACACUUCUGACGAUCUUGACCGACCUAAUGAGGAAGUUUUCUCUCGAGGCCUCUCAGAUUUUCCAUCUCUAGAAAAUGGCAUGGGAACAAACGAUGAAGAUGAGUUAAGCCUUGGCUUGCCCACUGAGUCCAGGAGGAAAAAGGAACAGUUGGACAGCGGCCUCAGACCCAGCAGAGAGAGGCAGUCACCAGCGGGUCUCACUCUUCCUCUGAGCAGUGACCAAACCCUUCAGCUGAUGAGCAACCUGGCUGGGGACGUCAUCACAGCUGCAGUGACUGCUGCUAUCAAAGACCAGGUAGAGGGCGCACAGCAAGCCCUGCUGCAGGCUGCGCCAAGCCCUGGCGAGGACACAGACACUGAAGAAGGGGAUGACUUUGAACUACUUGAUCAGUCAGAGCUCGAUCAGAUUGAGAGCGAGUUGGGACUUUCACAAGACCAGGAAGCAGAGGCACAGCAAAAUAAGAAGUCUUCAGGCUUCCUUUCAAAUCUGCUCGGAGGCCAUUAGUCUGGGAAUCAGCAUGUACGACAGAGCACAGAUAAACUACCAAAAAAUUCAAACAA